AUGGCUUCUUACACGGACAUCCACCGGUUCUUGGAGCCGCUGAGCAUCGACGUCGAUAGGUCGGAGGAGCUGUCGCGGAAAUUUCUGGACAACUUUAAGGACCUGGCUGCGAAUUCGAGGGAUCAGUUCUUGCCUACGCCGAUAUCUGAGUCUAUCUUGAGGCCUAUCGCUGAGCAAGGAGGUGGAAGGCACCUGGCAAUAGACAUAGGAGGGACAAAUCUUCGAGUUGGCUUCGUCGAGCUGCAUGGUGACCACCAAGAUCCUGCAUCACGUGUCCAGCGACCACUUGAGAGGUCGUGGCCCAUUGACAACCAUCUCAAAAACGACAACGCAAACAGUCUCUUUUCAUGGAUAGGAAGAUGCAUCGCCGACGUUGUGGACGAAGGCUGCAAAGCAUUUGACAUCCCCAACGAUGUGCCCCUGCCCUUGGGCGUUACUUUCAGCUUCCCCAUGGAGCAGCGAUCCGUCUCUCACGCCUUGUUGAUGGACAUGGGCAAAGGAUUCGCUCUGCCGUCUGGCAUCGACUUGGGAGCUUACAUUGAGCAAGGCUACGCAGAUUCUGGACGGACUGAGCUACCGCCAAUUAAAGUCACCGCUCUUGCAAACGACGCCGUAUCGACGCUGGUGUCGUGCAUCUUCAGCUACGGCGGCACGGAGCAUCGUCGAGCAGCCAUGGCUCUGAUUCUUGGGACGGGAUCUAACGCUACGAUGGUGAGCCUUCUUCCCGGCGAGGAGGUUGCCGACGCCAAAAUCGCAGUCAACACCGAGUGGAGCAUAAAGGGCACACUGCCGCCUAUGGCAGAGGUAAAUCUAGUCACCAAAUGGGACGAUGUCUUGUCUUUGCAAAACGAGAGGCCCGGCUUUCAGCCCCUGGAGUACAUGACGGCAGGGAGAUAUCUGGGCGAGCUGGCACGAAUCAUCCUGGUCGAUUAUCUAGUCAACGAGUCCAAAGUAGCCGUUGAGACGCUCCCGAAGAAGCUUCUUGAAAAAGAGAGCCUGACAACAACAUUUCUAAGUCAUUAUAAGCCGCUACAGCCCCCAUCCGCCCUGCUGGAGAAGCUGCGACGCCAGAUCCCCGAAGGUACCGACUCCUCUUUCUCGUGGACAGAAGAUCUUGCUGUUGCACUGUAUCACAUUGCAAAGGCCAUUGAAGUGCGGGCAUCAGGCAUUAUCGCCGCCGCCAUCGUCGCCCUGCUUACACUUGCAGACGAGCUGCCCGAGAACGCAAAGGCAGGCGCAAACGGAGACGCAGAUACGAGCUCCCCCAUUCGCGAGCUCGGCGUAGGUUACACCGGUGGCUGCAUAGUUCAUUUCCAGGAUUACUUAGCCGACUGCCAACAAUUUCUAGACGAGCUGCUGGCACGCAGAUUCGGUGACAACGGCCGUCUGCGAGUCGUGUUGAGUCCUUGCCACGAUGGCGGUGUUACGGGAGCGGGUAUUUUGGUGGUUGCUGAAGCGUCGUCCAGUAGGAAGAAGUCGGAGGCAUGA